CAUCAAAUCGCCAAAGAUUCAGAGAGCGAUGGAUGCGAAAUAGGUAGACGGUUGCGAGAACAUUUACAGUUGCCUUGGCAGCACCGACGCAAACGUUACAAAUAGUGAAAUUCGGCCGCAGGUGUACAAUGUCAACUGACUAAAGAUGGACCUGGCCGUCAUCAUCUGUCCACUGGUGGCUUUCCUGCUCUACUACGACACGCUACAGGCCGGAUUUGUAUACGACGACAAACGAGCCAUUUUAGAAAACGCGGAUGUUACCGUUGCUUCCGAGUCGUCCACCAUGAGCGCUCUGAUGGUGCAUGACUUUUGGGGCACUCCGCUCAACGCUUCCGAAUCGCACGGAUCGUACCGCCCUUUGGUAACGCUAUCAUUUCGCUGGACCGCACAUCUGGUCGGAGUAAAUCAUGCCUAUUGGUACCAUUGGACAAACGUCUUGCUUCACUGUGUGAUUACUGCAGCGGUGACCAUCAUAGCCGGAGGAGCAUCAACAUUAUUCCUACAAGAAAACAAAAACAAAAAUGAAUUGCGACAUGGCAACUACGUCACUGGUUUGUUGUUUGCAGCUCACCCGAUCCAUUGCGAAGCUGUGGCUGGAUUGGUCGGACGGGCAGAUUUGCUAUGCACUUUCUUCGUCCUAGCCGGCCUUGUCAACUACGGUAGACGGGCUAGUUUAACGAUGACGUUGGUUUUGACUUGUGCCGCUUUCUUCAGCAAAGAGUACGGCAUCAUGUUGACGCCCAUCUGUCUCCUUUACGACGUCGUCCUCGUCAUUCACGGCCAUCCUCGACAAUCUAAAAGAAACAAUCGAAUGUUGUUCAAACGGGCUAUUCUUGUCCUGUGGUCUGUUGCCUUGGUCGCCUACCGCUUUUGGAUAUCCGGCUUCCAGACACCGCAAUUUGCUAAGGCGGACAACCCAACAGCUGCAUCGUCGUCAUGGACAACUCGUACCCUCACAUUUCUCUAUUUACCAGUAUUUCAUUUUGGUCUGCUGCUGUAUCCGCGAUGGCUCAGUUUCGAUUGGUCCAUGGACGCCAUCCAGCCCGUCACUUGCAUCAAUGACAUCCGCAAUAUGGCUACGCUAAUUUUCUACGCAAUUCUCGUCACGGUCGUCCGUAAGACUGUCGAACAACAAAGCCAAAACAAAACACAGAAGAUCUUAGUAGCGUUGGCAAUCCUCAUUACGACAAUUCCAUUCCUUCCGGCUACCAACGUAUUUGCAUACGUCGGAUUUGUUGCGGCCGAACGGAUUCUCUAUUUACCUUCGGUCGGUUUCUGUCUCCUCGUCGGAAUCGGGGUGCAAAAAUUACUGGUCCAGCAGUCGAAUCGAACAAUCAUCUGCUUUUCGUUGCUGAUUGUUUUAUUGGCUUCGGGACGGCGAACGAUCCAAAGGAACAACGACUGGAUCGACGAGGAACACCUGUACCGAUCCGGCAUAGAAAUCAAUCCGCCUAAAGCGUAUGGUAAUUUGGGCGUCGUUUUACAAGAAUCUGGUCGACUGACUGAAGCCGAAUGGAAUUUCAAAAAAGCUUUAUCCUAUCGGCCCAACAUGGCAGACAUACACCACAAUCUUGGGAAUCUGUUCCAGCAACAAGGUAGGUACGAAGAAUCUCUACAAGCGUAUAAUCUGGCCAUUCUUCAUCGACCUCAAUUGGCUGCGGCUUAUUCCCAAAAAGCCAAAGUGCUCUACAAGUUAAAACGCUGGGCAGAAGCGGAAAGGACUUUAUUGGCCUGCAUCCAAUUAACUGGACAUUUGCAAAAAGACCCUAACGCUCACCAAUCAGCCAAAGUAUCUGCCACCAUUUUGAUGGCAGAUCUUUUAUCGCAAAACGCAUCUCGUGUAAAGGAAGCAGAAGAUUGGUUACUACGAGCACGCAAACUAGCGCCACGAAACCCACUCGUCUACUUUCAAUUGGGCGAAUUCCUAUCUGCCCGGAAGAGGCAUGACGAAGCCGCAGAGGUGUACAUCCAGGCCGUUCAAAUCGAACCUGACAGCAUUGCGUGGACCGUGGCUGCCGCUCACGCUCUACACGACGCCAGACGGAUUGUUGAAGCCGAGGUUUACUUCCGUAGAGCCGUCGCUCUCGUUCCCAUGGAUAUUUCUCACAGAAUCAAUUUAGGUGCUGUGCUGCACGUUCAAGGCAAAUUCCAUGAAGCUGAACAAGUUUACCUGAAUGCACUUCACCUGUCACCCAAUCAUCCAUUGACCACGGCUAAUUUGCGACGCCUGCGCAAUUCAUGGAACACAUCACACCAAAGCCGUAGCAAUAAUCAAAGUUUCACUUAA